AUGCAUGAAGUUGACCAAGCUCUUGCGCGGCACAAGGAGUACUAUGCGAAGGAAGAGGAACAGUUUCGCAUCAAGGAAGCCCAACUGAAAGACAAAGAGGCACAGCUCCAGCUUCAGUUGAACCGAUUCAACAAGUUCGUCGACACAAAUGAGGAAAAGAGACGGCGAGCAGAGAAGCGAGCUGCGGCAGAACGAGAAAUCAUCAAAGAGAAAGAAAGAACAAUCGCGACGCUGAAGGUCGUGGUAGAGCAAAUGGAAGCCAAGGAACAGAAGCUCGAAGCCGGCGUUAAGCGAUAUAAAAAAUUCGAGGAAUUCCUAGCUGCGGUGAUGCACGUGCGUGACGAAUUUCAAGAAAUCUCGGAUAUAAUGAGUCGGUACGACCUGCUUCAGUCGGUCAACGGAACCUUGGUGAAAAAAGAAGCGGAUAUAAACAGGAGAGCUGACAGGAUCAGAAGCUCCUACCAGAUGUAUAAGAAAGACGCAGCGAAUGAAGUCCUGGAAAAAAACAACGCUGUGGCAGCGCUACAGCGAGAAUUAGAAAUGUGUGAAAAGGAUAAAAGUAGCAAGCAAGGGCAGGCCGAAGAACUCCUCAGCCAUGCCAGCGAAGAGGCAUUGUAUUUUGGCCAGUUGCUACUGUCCAUAGAUAACCUCUUCCAGAGAUGCACGCAGCAACGGCCAAACAUUCAGCACGCCAACCAACUCGUGAAGCGCCUUCUCCGACGCCAAGUGGCAACGCCGGAAACUAAUGCGAGUUUCCCUGCUCCGCCUAGUGGGAACUCUUUUGGCCUGAGCGGCAGUCCUCGGGAUCCGUCGCAUCCAGUGUCAGCUUCAGGAGACUGUCGUGUCGAUAGCGCCACCAUGGGAGUCGCGAAAAGCUCUGUCAACGUGGUCCUUGCCCCACCAGGGGGGCCAAGCACGAAGAUAUUAGGCAGGCAGAGCACAGCGCCCCGACCAGCUAGUGUUUCCGCAGGAAGUGGGAACGAGAGGCAGGGGACCGGCGAGAGUUCAGCGAGGCAAGCAGCAAACAGGCAAGCGGCCCCGCAAUCGCUUGCAAACUCAGGACCUACACUAGCGGCAGGGACGAAAAGCGCCGUGGCGCUGUCGCCAAUGAAAGCAGAGGGCUCCUCUGAAACACCUCGAAAUGCCGGAGGGAAACGACGCGACUCCAAGCAGGCGGAAAAGGGGAGGAACGCCGAAGAGCAGGACGAACAGAAGCACCUCUGUGACGAUGCAGUGCAGAUGCUUGGCGUCGUUGCAUACUACAUGAAAGACUUCAAAGACAUCUGUGACAUUUUGACGAAGAGUAGACGUCAGCAACAGAAGGCCGGGAAAACCGUCAAUGUCUCUCUCGGAUACUCACGGACUGAUGACGUCGUGGAAUUCGUCACACUGCGUGACGUGUAUGCGAUGAAGGGAUCUGGAGGUAGCGGAGGUGGCCAAGGAAGUAGUGAUGCUCUUUCGAGCGGAUCCAGUCAGGCUUCCGCGCUUCCCCGAAAAUCAAAGGAUGGCCACCAGGCGAACCCUGCGUCGUGGAAGGAUGUCUCUGACACGGAGCGCCGGCAGAGAGAACUCGUCUGCGAUCUUCUACGGACGAUCCCUGUGUACGCGGUCGUGUCUACAGAGACACAGCAGCUCGUGCCCGCGGUGUUUCCUGCGCACACUGAGAUUUCACGCGACGAGGUCGUUCCGCCCCAUGCCAAACAGGGGAAAAGCGAGAACGCCACGCAGGGGAAGAAACAGAGCCGCAGACGAGAACUCGAAAAGCUACUCCAUCAAGAGUUCGAGGCCCUGAGAAGGCUGGAGCAAAGGCAAGGCGUAGGGAAGGCGAGAGGCCUCGGUCUCUUCUUCCUCAGCCACCGGGAUGCGGAAGUGUAUCUGCGCCACGUCCAGUCGCAAACUGCAGAGACGGCGUUACCCGUGCCGCUCAGCGGCAGACCGACAUCUUUGGCAAUUGCGACGACUUCGUUGGCCAACGUCUAUCCACUGCUUCUGCCCCCCCACCCGACAGAUCUCCCGACAAAGCUCACGGCGUGGUCACUCGCCGCCGGAGCAUCUCAUAUGGGCGAGGGUUCGAGGGCAAGUCUCUCCGCUGUGUUGCGGCGCGCGUUAUUUGGCAGGAGAACUGCAAACCGACUUGGGAACUGGGUGGACCUUGACGAAGAGCGAACGCAAGAUCUUGUCUCGCGCUUCAUCCUCGUGCCCGAUACAGCUCAGCUAGCAAUCCUUCUCGAGGAAGGCGGUGCGGAGGCGGUCCUGGUAGGCACGCCGCUCUUCUUCAUCUCCCGCUCGCCGCGCAUCCCCUGGGGUCUUCUCGCUGAACCGUCGGCCUCUUCGCCCGGUUCGUUUUUGUUGUAUUUGAAUCGGAGAGACGCAGACCGAGCACUGGCGAAGACAGAAGCUCUCGGUAAACGGCCGUGGUGGCGGAAACUGGGCAGACGUCCCCUGGCGGUGCACCGCACGUCGCUCGAGUCGUUUCUCGAGGCGUUUGCAGCAAAUGCAGCUGUUCUUGCUUCGGCGCCUUCUCAGUCGCCGUUCCUUCUCGUGCCGGCGUUCGACAGCUUUCGCCGAAGUGAGGAACAGCGACGCAAGGCCGACGCACAGAGCAAAGGGCUGUUCCCCGUUCUCGUUUCCCCGUUGACGCGGCUCUUGGCUUCGAAUCCGGCGCUUCGAUAUCUGGAAUGGAGGAGAAGAAAAUUCACGAGAGACUGGCUGCAGCCACUGUUUCGUAGAGACAGAAAACAAGAAGGCAACGGACAGCACAUCGGCGAUCUCCUCCCGGAAGAUGCAUAG